GCCCUUUCAGCUGACGAUGAUUUUUGUUUGCUGUCUCGUCCUAUUGUGCUUGUGCACAGCCAGUACGGAAGCGACUGACGUUGCACGUGAGAAUCAUGAAAGAUCGGGACACGGAAGUCAAUGUGAGGCAUGCCCACAUACCUUAUCUAACACUGGUAACCACCACUACCAUAUGAACAACAACGACCGGUUCGUCUGUAUACGCAAAGAAGGAUCAUUCUACACGUGUGAUUUUGAUGUAGGUCACUGUGUCCAGUUUUUAGGAAAGAGACGUAUUUUCCAUGGUAGAAACUUCUUGAAUGUGAGGCACAAAAGCAGAUCGGAUAUGUGGGCGUUGGAGGACAGUGUACAAUGUAAAAACGAUUGUUGUAACGCCACUCUCAAUCAAGCCUCUGCCUCAGUGCCCCCAAGCCUGCCGACCACAUCAAUAGUGACCAGCACUGCACCUCCAGAAAUUCUUAAGGUGCGUCUGGUUGACGGCCUGAGUGCCUUGGAGGGUCGAGUGGAAGUAUACCAUAAUGGUCAGUGGGGCACGGUAUGUGACGAUAGCUGGGACGACAACGACGCUAGGGUGGUAUGUCGUAUGCUGGGAUACUCUGGCGUACAUGCCACCCACACGUCCAAGGCUAGAUAUGGCAGCGGUCACGGCCCUAUCUGGCUGGACGAGACCCAGUGUAGUGGAACAGAGACAAACCUCGGUCAAUGUAACUUUGUUCCAUAUGGUCACGGAGACUGUGAUCACACGGAGGACGCUGGGGUCGUAUGUCAAGCAGCGGUUACUACGACGACGACGACGACGACGACACCGACGUCGGUUUCCCAUGGAUCUUUGAAGGUGCGUCUGGUGGACGGGCCGAGUGCCCGGGAGGGUCGGGUGGAGGUCCUACACAAUGGCGUUUGGGGAACUGUAUGUGACGAUAACUGGUCCGAUGCUGACGCGAAAGUCGUCUGCCGCAUGCUUGGUUACAGCACCAACCUUGCCACCCACACGUCAAAGGCGAGAUAUGGCAGCGGUCACGGCCCUAUCUGGCUGGACGAGACCCAGUGUAGUGGGACAGAGACCAAUCUCGGUCAAUGUAACUCUGUUCCAUAUGGCCAUGGAGACUGUGAUCACACGGAGGACGCUGGGGUCAUAUGUCAAGAUUUAACGUCAUCCACAGCCAAAACAUCAACAGUAUCAUCAACAACAACAACAACAACAGCUUCGACAACAACAUCAACUAUGACGACGACAGCAACAACAUCAACAACAAUAACACCAACAAAGUCAGCAACAGCCGCAAAAACAAGUAGGCACUGGAUCGCUUUGGGUGGAGCAGUCGUUGGCUGACGUGGAUACCAAAAUAUAUUACAUCAGAGCUCACUGGAUAAUUUCAUCUCGAGCGGAUGUUUAUCUACCUGACUUUCGUGUUAUAUUAUGAAUUUUAUCUUCGAUAUUAAAAGAAAAGAAAAAAAAUCAUAACUAA